UCCAGCUUUCGAGCUGCUCUGUUGUGGUGGUGCUCGGCAGGGAAAAGCGCUUCUCGAAGGUCUGUUUGGAGGGGAAAGCUGCACGUAGAGUUCUCAUUGGUGUUGUUUCUAUCAACCAAGCAAGCAGGCAUGAGCUACCAGGACGGAGGCGAUGCCCCGAGCGAGCGCCCCAAGCUGAAGCUCGCUCCCCGGAGCGGCAAUGCACCGUCUGGGGGGGCUCCGGCGACCAAGUCAAGCAUCUUUGGAGCUGCGCGGCCCCGUGAGGCCAUCAUCGCUGAGAGAGAGGGCAAGGCUGAGGAGGAGAUUAUCAAGGAGGCCGCGAAGAAGGAAUGGAAGCCUACGCUCGUUUUGAGCGAGGAGCAGAAGGAGGAGAAGAAGGCACUUGAGGCAGAGCUGGCCUACGCAAAGGACCAGCUCGAGAAGGCUGUUGACCCGCUCAAGGCCAAAGAUCUCAAAGAGGAAGUGGCAGAGAAGGAAACCAAGCUUGAGGACCUGUUGGCAUCGUUUGAGAAGCUGGCCGUGACAGCAGCGCAGAGCGGGGGGGUGGGGAAGCGCCCCUCUGAGCGCAAGCGCGAUGCCGAGGAGCGGGCCGGGGGCGGUCAGCCUGGAUAUGGUGGCGGAGGCGGUGGAUAUGGGGGCGGCGGUGGUGGAUACGGGGGCGGCGGCAGAGGCGGGGGGGGUGAGAGUUAUGGCAACUUCAGUCAGGGACGGGACCGUGAGCCUUAUGGGGAUGCGUGGGCUGGGAAGAACGGCGGCGGCGGCCGGGGGGGAAACACCUGCUACAAUUGUGGAGAGGUGGGACACAUCUCGCGUGAGUGCCCGAACCCCCCGAGCGAGGGCUCCCGCGGGUAUGGCGGAGGUGGCGGCCGAUCCGGUGGCGGCGGUGGCCGGGCCUGCUACAACUGCGGAGAGGAGGGCCACAUCUCCCGCGAGUGCCCCCAGCCCCGCAGCGGCGGCGGCGGCGGCAGCUACGGCGGAGGGGGCAGCUAUGGCGGCAGUUACGGCGGCAGUCGCGGGGCCGAGAGCUACGGCGACCGUUACGGAUCUGGGGGGGGCGGCUAUGGAGGCGGCGGCAGCUAUGGCUCAGGUGGCGGCAGCUAUGGCGGCGGCCGGGACCGUGGUUACGAUAACGACGACUCUCGGGGUGGGAGCUAUGGGGGCCGUGGAAGUUCGGAUUACGGCGGAAGCUACGGUGCGCGAGGAGGCAGCUACGACGGCUAUGGGCAGGGCGGCCGCGGCCGGGACUACUGAAAGUUGCUUGCAGAGUUUGGAAUGGCCAGAUGCGAUGUUCUACCUACAGUCUUGUGGUCCUUGGUUGAACUGAUAGAGCCCCCUCGUGCUCGUGUCAGGGUGGCGAAGUCAACUGUCGGGUUGUCUCGUCACAAGCGACACUGUUUUGUGAGCGUUUAUGUGAUAUGUCAGAGAAUGAAACUCAGAAGUUGUUCAUGUGAUGUCAUAGCGCUACAACCGCGGGUCUUUGUCCAGGCAAGAGAGGCUGUUCUUGUUAGCGUCCGUCUUUGCAAACUCUACCUGGAUAAUUUAGCUGUUCGUUUUCAACUUUAGCUGGGCCCUAUCUCCCGGAUGCAAUUUGCAAUCUGCAAGGUAGCAUCUCUGUAUGCCUGUCACAUGCAUGGUUCCCACCCC